AUGAAUCCUUCUACACCACCAGCAACUCCACCCGCGGCGAGCGAAACUAUUGCUGCAAGUUUGAACAUGAUGAUGGAAGACCACACCCACAUUGGCGCCUGA